UUCUUCACUUUAAUUCAGUUCAGUUCAGCAGCUCUGUUCGUCUCAGUCUGUCUCACUUUCAGUCUGUCUCACUCUCAGCCUGUCUGUCUAUUUGUCUGUCAGCAUGGAGGAUUGUCGUUUGGGAUUAUUGUUUGUUCUGUUUCUGCUGCAGAUCAACUGUUUACAUUCAGUUUACAUCACCAACAGUUCAGAUUCUCUCCAUCAGGUUCUGUCAGAAUUUGCCGUUAUGCGUCCAAUCAGGACGGACUCAGAAGGGCGUUUGCUGUCAGACUCCGCCCACCAUGCAGGCCGCAGCAGAAGACACGCCCCCUUCCCUGAGAACACUGAUUCCUACAACUGGAUUCAUAAGGACCAAUCAGAACAGGCUCCGCCCCCAAUGUCUGGCCCCAGAUGGAGGCGGCGGAGCGACGGGGAGGAGGAGCUUUUCUACAACGUGACGGUGUUCGGUCAGCAGCUCCACCUACGGCUGCGGCCCAACACUCGCCUCGUUGCCCCUGCCGCCACCAUGGAGUGGGAGGAGUCAGGACACCUCCACUCUCAGCCAAUAAGAGACGCCGACUGCUUCUACACAGGAACGGUGUCUGACAUGGAGGACUCGUCUGUUGCCAUCAGCAACUGUGAUGGACUGGCUGGGAUGAUCCGGACGAGGGAGGAGGAGUUUUUCAUCGAACCGCUGGAUCAGUGGAGGACAGAAGGAGGAAGAGGAGGAGGAGGAGGAAGAAGAGGAGGAGGUGAUGAAGGAGGAGGAGGACGAGGAGGAGAUGAAGGAGGAGGAAAAGGAGGAGGAGAUGAAGGAGGAGGAGGUGAUGAAGGACAACGGCACAUCGUUUAUCGUUCGUCGGCCAUCAUCAGCAAACGGUCAACUGUUAAUCAAACUGAUGAUGCCGUCCGAGGUUCUCUCUUGGGUUCUCUGAACCUCCACCAGAACCUGGUCUUGGUUGGAUCCAGCUCGGCUCGCCGCCGGCGCUACAUCGAGGAGGCGGAGCUCUUCAACAUAGAGGUGCUGCUAGCGGUGGACUAUUCGGUUCUCCUGUUCCACGGCAGAGAACACAUCCAGAAGUACCUGCUGACCUUGAUGAACAUAGUGAAUGAGAUCUAUCAGGAUCACUCUCUGGGCGCCAACAUGAACGUGGUCCUGGUCCGGAUCAUCAUGCUGUCUCCAACCAAGUCCCAGGAGCUGAUCUCUGUGGGGAACCCUCAGAAGAGCCUGGAGAACGUCUGUGGAUGGUCCUACUUGCAGCAGAGGGAGCAGAGCCAUGCUGAGCAGCAUGACCACACGGUGUACCUGAGCAGGCAGGAGUUUGGUCCGUCUGGGAUGCAAGGUUACGCUCCGGUUACUGGGAUGUGUCAUUUACAUCGUAGCUGUGUUCUGGUCUUCGAGGACGGAUUUUCGUCAGCCUUCGUGGCUGCACAUGAAACUGGACACGUGCUGGGGAUGAAGCAUGAUGGCGAGGCCAACGACUGCGCCGACGACGUGCUGCUGGGCAGCAUCAUGUCUCCACGGGUCCAGGCCACGUUCCACCGGUUCCACUGGUCCAGAUGCAGCUGGAGGGAGCUGCACCAGUACCUGCCCUCCUACGACUGUCUCCGUGACGACCCGUUCAACCAUGAUUGGCCGGUUCAGCCUCAGCUGCCGGGUUUCCAGUACUCCAUGGACCAGCAGUGUAGCUUCGACUUCGGACCCGGAUACAGUCUGUGUACUGCAUACACCACCCUGGAACCCUGCAAGCAGCUGUGGUGCAGCGACUACAUCAACCCGUUCUUCUGCAAGACCAAGAAAGGUCCGCCACUCGACGGAACCAAGUGUGGACCGGGGAAGCACUGCUUCAAAGGCUACUGCAUGAAGCUGAUGCCCAACAUGCUGAGACAAGAUGGCGGCUGGGGGACGUGGAGCUCGUACGCCGCCUGCUCACGGACCUGUGGGGGCGGAGUCAGGUUCCGGACCCGGCGCUGUGACAACCCACCUCCAGCCAACGGAGGGCGCACCUGCUUCGGGAACAGCUAUGAGUUCCAGCUGUGCAGCAGAGAGGACUGCCCCCCCCUGACAGACUUCAGGGAGGAUCAGUGUAAAGUCUGGAAUCCAUUUUUUGAACAUGAAGGAAGGAAACAUCACUGGCUGCCUUACGAACAUCCUGACUCGGAGCAGCGUUGUCGUCUGUUCUGUCGUUCCCGGGAGACGGCGGCAGUGGUUUCCAUGAACAGAAUGGUGCACGAUGGGACGCCGUGUUCCUACGAUGACGCCUUCAGCGUGUGCGUCCGAGGAGAGUGUGAGCAUGUCGGCUGUGAUGGUCUGAUAGCGUCGGACCAGCAGGAGGAUCGAUGUGGAGUCUGUGGAGGGGACAACUCCAGCUGCAAGAUCAUCAAAGGGAACUUCACCCGGAGCACCAAGAAGCAAGGGUACCUGAAGAUCCUGGAGGUCCCUAAAGGAGCGCGUCACCUGCUAAUCCAGGAGUUCCGAGGGACGCCCCACAUCCUGGCUGUGAAGAACCUGGAGACGGGGAACCUGUUCCUCAACGACCAACAUGAGCUCCCAGAGUCCCGAGUGGUGAUCGAGAAGGGCGUGGCCUGGGAGUACAGGAACUCAGAGGAGCUGGAGUCGCUGCAGACCGCCGGGCCACUGAAGUACGCCGUCCUGCUCAUGGUCCGUUCCCACGGCGACUCCAAGGUGACGGUGUCCUACAAGUACAUCAUCCAGGACCGCCUGCGCUCGUCGCUGGAGUCCAACCUGGUGCAGGAGGACGCCGUGUUCUACGAGUGGGCACUGAAGAAGUGGUCACACUGCUCCAAACCCUGCGGAGGAGGGAAACAGUAUACCAGGUUCGGCUGCAGGAGGAAGGCGGACGGGAAAAUGGUUCAGAGGACGUUCUGCUCCAACAUCAACAAACCGAGAGCGAUCAGCCGCAACUGUAACACCGAGGCCUGCCGGUCACCACGCUGGCUCACUGGGGACUGGCAGCCCUGCAGCGCCUCCUGUGGACAGACUGGGUGGCAGCGCCGCUGGGUGAGCUGUCAGCAGGCGUCCAGCGGGGGGCAGCAGCGGUCCAUAAACAGCAACCUCUGUGGCGACGACCGGCCAGAUGCCAAACAGCCCUGCAACCGCUUCCCCUGCCCCGCCGCCUGGAGGGUGGGACCCUGGACCCCGUGUUCGGCCUCCUGUGGGAACGGCACUCAGGAGCGGCAGAUCGCCUGCUCCGGUCCGCAGGGAUCCGCCACAAACUGCAGCGAACCUCCACCAAUGACAGCUCGCUCCUGCCAAGCCCCGCCCUGCACUGGCGACCAGAAGAAUGCUAUCAUCCAGUGGCUGUCCAGGUCCAACCCAGACUUCCCCUCUGCCAAGAUCUCCUCCAGACAGCGUUGCCGUGGUGACCGCUCUGUGUUUUGUCGGAUGGAGGUUCUGAGUCGGUACUGCUCCAUCGCCGGAUACCAGCAGAUGUGUUGCAAAUCCUGCAGCGAGAGCAGCUCCAGCAACUCCAGCAAUUCCAGCAACUCCAGCAGCAGCACGACCCUGCCAACAGACAGCAUCAGUUCGUGGACUUUGACCACACGGAUGAUGACAUCAGCAUCCACCUGGUCUGACAGCAGCUACAUCAUCAGUGACAUCAUCAGCACGCUGCCUCCCAGCUUCACAGUGACUCCGCCCCCCAUCAGUAGGACCAGUACUGACUUCAUCUACAUGGACUAUGACGACUAUGAGGAGUACUUGUCCUACGAAGAUCCAUCGCUUCUCUCUAAGAGUCCACACGUCAGUCCGAGUACUACAACUACUACCACUACUACUAGUACCACUAAUAGUGCCAUUACUAGUAGCACUGCUAGUACCACUGCUACUACCACUACUAGUAGUAUGACAACUACAAGGCGUCCAAGAAAAACUGUUCCACCACAUUUUUUCUGGAGAAAAACGACCACAGUUUCUCCUGCUAUGGUUCCCAUGGUAACUGUGGAUGUUGGGAACCAAACAGCAGUGCCUGAUGACAUCAUUCCCUCCACAUCAUCAGGGGGGUGGAGCCUCCACAGUAACAUCACGUCAAUAGACGCUGAUUCGACGUCAUUCUUCCCGCUCUUGAAGAAGGACAACAACUCGGUGGAUGAGGUUCCGUACCGGAUUGUGGGGCUGGACGGUGAUGCCAACAGGGGGCAGCAGAACUACUUUGUGCCGCGGAUGCCGCCGCUCCGCGAACGAACGCAGAACAAACGCAUCCAGCAGCUCCUGAACGAGAGGCGGCGUCAGGAGCUGCUGAGGAAGCCGAGCAGGACGAGCACCAGUCGGACCGUGGGGAAACACUGACGCUGCAGGUUUCCCGCCGCUCGCCGCCACGCAUGACAGCUUCUCAUGCUAUGCUAACGAACUGCACUAAUGGACAGACCAAAGCCGCUUCCUGAAUUACAGCCACAUAGACAGAAAGCUGCAGCUCAGUUUCAUUGGUUUUCAUGUUUGUACCAGAUAUUCCAGUUUAUGAAUAAAGCAAAACUUCAUCCA